AAACCAAAAAGAAAAAAAAGAAGAAAGAAAUUCGACCAAAAUAUAUCCAUCGCGAGGGUUUUCGAGUUAACCUUGGUCGUCUUUUCUAUCAAAUUAACAAGUAAAUUCCAAAUGGGAAGCACCGCCGUCGAGAAGACAGCAGAAGAGCUUCAGCGAGAGAUUGAUGAGCUUCAUCGCCAGCAACGCGAGAUUACAGAGAGGCUGAGAGAUCCUCGAGGACUCCGAAGAGGAGGACUGUCAGGCAUCGGUCCUCGUAACUUCGCCGCCAAUGGUUCUCGCCAGCGUGGCUUUCUUCGACCUGCGGAUAGGAUUGAUGGAGAAGAUCAACCUCCGGCUAAGAGGCGAUUGUCAUCAGCUGUUGUCAAGGUUGAAGAUGGAGAGAUUGUUGAUGAUGAAGUAGCAAAGGAUGCCAGUGACAUGGCUGUCGAAGGAUCUGGUGCAGUACAUGAGAGUGAUAGAAAGCUUUCGACUCAGCAGCAAAGUGGUUGGUCUAGAAGGGAUGUAAAUCAAACACCACUGAAGAAGGAUGCCGAAGUUCCGGUUGCUGAGCAUGUUCCAAGGAUUUUGCCCAAGGAUGAGGACCCAAGCUUGAUUAAUAGGAAUAAAAGAAUGUUGGGUCAACUUUUAGGGACUUUGGAGAGAUUCAGGAAAGAAGAUAAGCAACUUUCAGGGACAGAGGCAUAUAUGAGACGGUCAAAUUCCUUGCAAAGAGCUGAGCAAAGAGCUCGCGAAGAAAGUGAGAAGCUGAGGCAACAAGAGCGUGAACAAAUAGCAGAAAAGAGGAGGAGAGAUCUGACUCUCAGGGCUCGUGUGGCUGCCAAGGCUGAAGAAAAGAAGUUGGAGUUGUUGUUUCUUCAGUGGAGUGAGCACCACAAAAAGCUUAGCAAUUUUAUAAGGACGAAAACUGAGCCUCCAAUAUAUUAUUUACCAACUAAACCAUUGCAUGAAGAUGCAGCCAUAUAUGAGCAGCAGAAAGAACAAGAGUAUUUGGAAUGGAAGACAGCAAGGAGGGAGGAACUGUCUGAAUAUCAGAAACAGAUAGGAGAAGAAUAUGUAGGGAACGUGGAAAAGGAGUUGGAGAGGUGGCAAAAUGCUCGGAAAGCUAGGAAAGCAAACAAUGACAUGAACCUACAAGAAACAAUGGACAAAGAAUUGGAUAGCCAUAGACUGGAGCAUGGUCCAAAGAAGAGAAAGAUACCAGGUGGAAACAACAAUGAAGAUGAGGAAGAUGUGGAAGAUAUCAAUGUUGGGGAAGAUGAUAUGAUGGAUGAUGUGUUGGGUGUUGAUGAUAAUAAUGGUAGGAGGGGAGAUGAAACAGCGAAAGCAGAGCCCGAUAACACUAGUCCAGUUCCUGAUAAUAAUGUUGAUCAGCUUUGAACCUUAGGCCGUAGGUCAGGUCAAUCUUUACUAGUAGGUCUUUUCUUUUUGGUUGUUUUAGCAUUCAUUUUGGCUGGCAUGGCAUGAUUCCUCUUUUUGUUUCUCCUUUAACCCGUUACUAGAUUAGAUUUUAGAUGCGUUUUCCUAUAUAAUGCCCAAAUACUUAUUAUCUAAAUAACAAUAGCCGUUACCAGAAAUUAGAAAUUCGUGUUGAAGUCA